AGCCAUUUCAAUUAGUGGUUGCUGUUGAAGGUGGGGCGCCGGGUGGUAAAGAUGUCAUACAAAAUCGAUGGCGCGGACCUCACCUGGCCUACAGAUGCGGAACUUGCCAAAGUGGAAGAAAUCCGUAAGAAUUGUGCAGACCAGAUUGCGGCCAUGCCGGAAAAGCCCCGUGAUGUGGUUGGAGACAUCCGAGUUUGCCGCUACUUGCGUUUCUACAGCGGUGAUGUGGCGAAGGCCUCGGCAGCCUUUGCCAAGUAUUUACAGUAUUGGGUGGAUGAGAAGAUCCAUGUUCUACGAGAGGGCCUCAUGGACUUGGAGUUGAAAGACUUCACCAAGUGGCUUGAGUCGGUGAUGUCACCCUACACUCCGCAUUUCGUUCCAGGAUUUACCACGACACAGGACGGGCACUUUGUCAUUUUCACAUCGCCAGGAUCAUUCAAGCCCAACGAAUUUGUGAGCAAGCGGCCUGCCUGCCACACGUUGGAAAACGACCUUGCUCUCAUCCGGGUCUCAUUGGAGUACUUCAUGAAGCAAGUGGAUGACAAUUGCUACAAGAGACGCAGGAUGUGCUACGCGAUCAAGCUGAUCGACUGCAAAGAGCUGGGGAACGAGACUCUUCCGGUUUUCGUGCCAGAAAUUCGAAAGUUUGCCCAAGACAACCUGGGCAAGAUCAUGAGUUUCUACUGCGAGCAGGACAUUCUUUUGCUGGUGGUGAAUGCACCAUUCAUGGUGCGUGCCAUCACCGCCUUUGCGACCACCUUCAUGGCCAAACGACAAUCGAAUCGAAUCAAGGUCAUGGGAACUGCGACCGGAUCAGAUGUCCAGAAUGUACUUCGGGCCAUAGGCCCUGCCAGCAUCUUCCCACCCACUCUGGGAGGAACGCGAAAGGCGGAGGAUGUCCCAUUCCUCAAGCCUUUGCUAUACCAGGAUGAGAGUAGGGUGAAGAAGUGGAUGGAGCGAUCCUCUGCUGGCAACAGCCACUCGGGUGCAGACCCCAAGCCACCGCCCAGUGCCAAUGUGUCGGAGACCGCGGACGCAAGCGCAAGCCGAACGGAGCAAGCGAGCGGGUACGAGCGAGCCGAGCAGCCUGAAACGCUGGAGCCACUGCCUGUGGUAAACCUAGAGGAUGUGGGGCCGCCAGAAGACGUGCAGCCUGAAUCAGACAUGAAGGUGGACAUCCAAGAAGCAACGGCAACAUCCGGAGGAUGGUUGUGCUCUUGUUCUGCACCUUGCUGAGUGAGGAUUGGGACUGCUUGGGGUGCCAUGAGUGUAGAGCGUCCUACUUACGCCUUGAAAUGAUCAAUCCAUAGUCCAUUGCGUUUGGCUCCGGGGAUGUAAUGCGUGGCCUCCAGAGGCGACCGGUCCCUCCAACUGAUUCUCCGCUUACUGUAAUGGGCUCAAAAGAGGCACAUGCUUGGUGGGCAGUCUUUGUCACAGCGAAGCUGGACAUGUCUGUCACCUGCCCGUGUAUGGAAAGUGAAGUGAAAUUGAUUGAAGUUGAUGGUUGGAUAUCUUUGUUUGCAUCGCCC